GGAAGGAUCGGAAGCGGAGAGGAGCGAGAGCGAAGGUCUGGCGCGGACCGCGGGGACGGGACAAGGACCCUAGAGAAUGUGCACGUGUGCAAUGACGCGUGCAACACUGCCAAAAACUGGGAGUGCUUAACCCACCCUCGUGUGUCUCAAGUUCGAGCUUGUGGUGAAAGAAAGGGGCACGAGAGAGAGAGAGCUGGAUAAAGAGGAAUUAGCAGGGACUGAGAGAGGCUGGAAACGGAGAGUUGAGUGACCGUGCGGCGUGUGGUGUUCGCUCGUGCUCCGCUACGGGACAAAGACCGAAAUAUCUCGUGAUAACCGAACUGCCACCCUCCGAAAACAGGCGAGGGGAAACUGCCAGCAUUGUGAUAAACCUCGAUCGCGGAAACCUAGCGUGACUUGUUGUGUGAACCCUCCUUGGUCUUGACUCGCAGUCUGCAUCCAACCAACACUGCCAUUACGUUGAUCUCCUGUGAAUGCUCAAGUCGAGACAAGUUCUACCAAACGAAACGUGUCAUAACAACACUGCCAAUGUGUAAAUAAGUCUUCAGGGAUUCUCUACUGCCAUCUGACACUGUCGUCGUACAUACAUAUAUCCAUGCUUUAAGAGAUACCGAGUGUUCUUUCAAGAGGAGUCCCGCCGCCGAGGGACGGUCGCCGCCGGGAGAGCCCCAGGUUCAAGGGCCAUCAAAGCAUUCCAGCAAGUGUUGUACAUUGAUCCCGGGUUCAGCCGAGCCAAUGAAGUCCAUCUGCGCCUGGGGUUGAUGUUCAAGGUCCAGAGCGACUACGAGUCUUCGCUGAAACACUUCCAGUCCGCGCUCAUAGACGCUGGCCCGGCGUCCUUCUCCAAGUUGGAGAUAAGGUUCCACGUGGCCCACCUGUACGAGCUCCAGAACAAGCACCGGGCGGCGCGAGAGGCCUACGAGACCCUUCUGCAGGAGCAGGAGCUGCCCAACCACCUGCGGGCCGACAUCCAACGCCAGCUGGGAUGGAUGUACCACACCGUUGACAGCUUGGGAGAGAAGUCGUACCGCGAGCUGACCGCAGUCCAGUACCUGCAGAAGUCCAUCGAGGCCGACCCCAAGAGCGGCCAGAGCCUGUACCUGCUGGGUCGGUGUUACUCUGCCCUUGGGAAGGUGCACGAUGCCUUCAUCGCCUACAGGAACUCCGUGGACAAGUGCGAGGGCAAUGCGGACACGUGGUGCUCAAUAGGAGUACUUUACCAACAACAGAACCAGCCAAUCGACGCCCUUCAAGCAUACAUCUGCGCAGUACAGUACGACAAGGGACACACAGCCGCGUGGACAAACCUAGGGAUUCUGUACGAGACCUGCAACCAGCCACGCGAUGCCCUGGCGUGUUACAUGAACGCUACGAGAGGUAGCAACAAACCCGUGAAUCCAAAUCUUGCUCCGCGUAUAAAAUUUCUCCAGCAGCAGCUGGCAAAUGCCCCCAUGCCCAGCGUAACUAAACCUCGUCAGUUGAUGAGCAUUGAGGAGGCGUGGAACUUACCCGUCACUACAGACAUGUCUAACAGGCAGCAGGGACAGGGCCAGGGCCAGGGCCAGCAGAUCGCCAGCCAGCAGCGGCAGGUGGGCCCAGGCCAGAAUUCCUUCCAGAAGUAUGGCCAGCAGUACAGCCACUCUGGGUCAGGAGCCCCCCCGCCCCCCUACCAGGCGCCCGGCAACGACGCCAAGCGCUUCAAGCCCGACAUCGCCGGGGACCAACAGCGACCGCACUUCUACCUCAACCAGCAGCAAAUGCAGAUUCUACAUUACCAGCAGCAGAACCAAGCAAGCCUAACACCACAGCAGCAGCAGCAGUUCCAGCAGCUCCAGCAGAACUUCCGCCUGAUGCAGCAGCACCAGAUGAAAAUGCAUCAGCAGCAGCAGUUGCAACAGCAGCAGCAACAACAGCACCAACAGCAGCAGCAGCAACAAACCGUUGUUCAAGGUCCCCAGGUGUCCCCCAGCCUUGGCCAGCAGCAGAACUUCGUUGCCGGUGGACAGAUGGCGAGGCCAGUGGUGCCAGGAGCGCCAGGAUUCACUCAGGCAGCAACAAACGGUGUCAAUCGAGGCUUCAUUGGGCAGAGACCUCAGACGCCUACCAGCAAUUUCAACCAGAACAAUCAGCCCUUCUCGCAACCUUCCUCAACUGGUGGAUAUAUCAACCAGACUCCAUCGUACACCAAUGGAGGAGUACCAACAACGUCUGCAGGAUAUGGCUUCAAUAACGGCUACAAUAGUAAUAAUGUGAAUGAAGCAUUACCAAGAGACCUUACUGGCGUCACACCAGAGACCACUGUUAGUGACCAGGAACUUCAGGAACUCAUCAGCCAACGAGAAUUCACAACUUCUUUAGCUGAGGAUUUACUGAACCGGCUAGCACAGGGCGAAGAUGUCAUAGACGAGCUAGCCAAGGCAGGAGACGUGGGCCAGGAUGUUGCUCUGCCAAACACCGAGUUCUCCACCUCGGCCACGUCGUCGUCCACCACGUCGGCUCCUUCCACGGAUGUCGUUCAAGCCCCCAUACAGUCAGGACUCUCUUAUAUUAAGCAGGAAGUUCCCGACACAAAACUCUCCACACAAACACACGUACCAGAGACUAAGCCACGCAUUAGUAACAUCAGACUAAGCCUCGAUCGCGAAAUAAAAGUGGAACAGGCGUCGGAGCCUGUGUUCACGACGAACAUGGCCAGCUCAGACAUCGUGUCAGGCUGCAAGGGCCGAGGCGCAAAUGCGAGAAACAGCAGCAUGAUCUCAGACAAGCAGUUGCCACCGUCGCCACCCGACCCCCCGAAGGUGAAGCUAACCAACGAACAGCUGCUUCCCAACACGCCUUCGGUCUUGCUUGACAACAAAAAGCUUGCAUUUUCACCUCAGCUGCAAGAGUUCUGCUUGCAGCACCCCAUUGCCGUUGUGAGAGGCUUGGCAUCUGCUCUGAAGUUGGACCUCGGGCUCUUCUCCACCAAGACCCUGGUCGAGGCCAACCCCGAACACAUUGUUGAGGUUCGAACGCAGAUGAAGCAGGAGGCUGACGAGAAUAUUGACCCCACGACGGAGAUCAAGUCCUGGCCCUGCAUCAGCCACAGGUCGCACACCACCAUCGCCAAAUACGCCCAGUACCAGGCGUCGAGCUUCCAGGAGAGCCUGAAGGAGGAGCAGGACAGAAUUGCUGCCGGGGCGCCGAAGACGGACGACUCCAAAAAGAAGAAGGUCCAGAAAAUGAUCAAAUUCGGAACCAAUGUCGAUCUGUCGGACGAGAAGAAGUGGAGAGCUCAGCUGCAAGAACUCAUGAAAUUGCCAGCCUUUGCCAGAGUGGUUUCUGCAGGGAAUAUGCUGUCUCAUGUUGGACAUCCCAUUCUGGGCAUGAACACAGUACAACUAUAUAUGAAGGUACCAGGGGCCAGAACACCAGGUCAUCAGGAGAAUAACAACUUCUGUUCCAUCAACAUUAACAUUGGGCCUGGAGACUGCGAGUGGUUUGGAGUGCCCGAUGCCUAUUGGGGAGUCAUAGCCAAUCUCUGUGAGAAAAAUAGAACCAAUUAUUUGCACGGUUCCUGGUGGCCAGAUCUGCAAGAACUCUACGAUGAGAAUGUACCAGUGUAUCGUUUCCAUCAGAAGCCGGGCGAUAUGGUGUGGGUUAAUUCAGGAUGUGUUCAUUGGGUUCAGGCAGUCGGUUGGUGCAAUAAUAUUGCCUGGAAUGUAGGCCCACUUACAGCCAGACAGUACACUUUGGGCCUGGAGCGAUAUGAAUGGAACAAGCUGCAGGGCUUCAAGUCCAUCGUUCCCCUCGUCCACCUGUCGUGGAACCUCGCCAGGAACAUCAAAGUGUCUGACCCGAAGCUCUUCGAAGCAAUCAAGGGCUGCUUGAUGCGCGCACUCCGCCAGGUGUGUUUGUCAUUGGACUUCGUGAAACAGUGUGGCCUCGAGACCAAGUUCCACGGACGCAAUCCCAAUGAAGCAUCUCAUUAUUGCGGUGUUUGUGAGGUCGAGGUGUUUGAUAUCCUGUUCGUGAAGGAGCAGGAGCGGCGCCAUGUGGUCCACUGCAUAGACUGCGCGCGUCGCCAGGCCCCGCGCCUCGAGGGCUUCGUGGUGCUGGAGGAAUACCACUUAAGUGAUCUCUGCCAAGUGUAUGACAACUUCAUUUUACACUCCGUACAGGGCCAGAACAUUUCCGGCCAGGCCCCCACUCCUCCCCCUACCUCCACCACUCCAACCCCACUCACGUGACCUUCCUCAGGCCUAGUGGCCGCCCCGCUGUGCUCGUUUUGACCGGGGGCGGUUCCUAGCACCCGCAGGAGAUCUCUCAUUCCUGGAUCUGUAAGCCCAGAAGGAGAACUGCCGUUGCCUGCCUUUGCAAGAACCCCCCCACAACUACCAGUCUUGCAAGAACAAAACAGAAAUGUGUUAGUGAGCAGCAGUGUUGACAGACUGUGGAAAAGGACACAGCUACUGCACUGCAAGUAGCAUUAAGUUAUAACUAAGAGUUUUACGUCACUGCCAGAGCACCUUCCAGAGGCCUUCUCUUUUAGCGACUCCGUAUAGUCGCGUGAGGCCGUAUUUUUCACACCUGAUUCUUGGAAGUUGUUGCAGUGCAAGAAAUGGGCAUUACGAGAUGUUGAUUAGAUCGAAUGAAAGGAGAAAGUGUAUGGUCUGUGUGAUUGUUUGGAAGCGCCCUGUAGAAAAGAAACCAGAACGAUAAGCUGCUUCGAGAGCUGCCACUCGCCCAAGCAUAAUGAUUUGAUCUCAUGGAACUCAAGGACCCGGGAACGGCGACACUGACGACGGAAAAGUGUUUUUGGCUUGUGUGAGCGAAGUGCUGCCGCGCGACGGCGUCAAGUGCAUCAGGACUCGUGCAGUUGCACAACCCAGGAUGUUGUUUCCUCAAAAUAAUGUUAGUGGUUGCCACGAAGGUAAAACAACCAGUGCUGAAGUAGCAGUAGUUGGGGUAGUAGAAGUUGCGUGUGGUUCAUGGUACUACCCAUUUUUUAUUUAUUAGCCUUGCCUACACAUUAUGUUCUCCUUCAAAGUUACCAGCCAAGAGACUGGCCUAAGUUGUAAUAGAAAUGUGCAUAUAUGUGUGCUUGCAUGCUAUUUUGUCUGUGUGCACACAAGCACUGGUACACAUGCAUGCUUGUUCAUGUACGUAUGUGUACAAAUGCACACCUUUGUAUGGGCAUUUGUGUAUGUGUGUGUGCACGCGUUCGUGUGUUUGUGUGUGCGCGUAAGCAUAUGUGCGUGCGUAUGCGUGCCGUUGAAGCACGCGUCCGUUCAUUCAUCUGUUUAUGCGCACGUGUGUAAGGCGUAUGACUUCACUCCCGUGUAUGUGUACGUGUGCGUGUCUUUCAAUAAGAGGUUUCCAAUCACUGCCACCGUAAGUGAGUGUUUAAUCUUGUGAUAAUCUCAACUGCCACAGAAUCUACAACUUCACAAACUCUCUCUUGGAGCUUACAGAUUUAUAUCUUCCCACAUGCAUUGUUACGAAUGAUUUGUGUCAGCAGUUUUGUUAUUAUUUAUAUAUAUAUAUAUUUACAGUAUUUUUUUUAUUUGAUGCAUUAUGUUUCCUAAAACUGAUUUCUAUUUAAAUUUAAAUAUUCUGCAAUGUCCUACAUGAUUCACUAUUGUCUUAAAGGAGAGAGGAAUCCAUGUAUGGACAUUAUGGCAAGUUCUAAUUAUAAGUUGAAUGAGUUUAUAUAUACACAAUCAAUAUUAUUUUUGAAACUUAGUUUACCAUAAUUGAGAGUUCUCUUCUUGAUUUUAUACAAGAAUUACCGAAAACAGGGCAUUCCUCAAAUUCAUUUGGGAUAGUUUAGUGUUCCUUCAUUCUGUUAAUAUAUUUAUUUUUGUCUCUAUCAACAUAAAUGUGUUACCAAUGUUAAAGUAGUAUUAAGUAAUAUCAUUUGUAAUGGACAGGCCAAUGAAUUGAAAGAGAAAGUAAUGUUUUUAUCGAUUGGGAAAGGUUUGUAACAAAAGCGUUUUCAUUCGCGUAACCAUUUUGUGAAAUGAAUUUCUGGCAACUGGGUCUGUCAUUACUCUUGUGUCUAUCAAGUUGGUUCACAUGUGCAAAAUUUUAGGCUGUACCAAAUUGAUUUAUGCAUACAACUAUAAAUUUAACGAACACAUGGAUCAUUGUGUAAGUACGGUUAUGAUGGCAAGGAAAUGAUGAUUGCAUGAUCAAUUCUACGACCGAGACCUACGAUUGCUAAUUAAGCCACUAGAAGCUGAUACUUGUUCCUGCUCUUGCGCGAUUUCAGUUCUGUGUUGUGUUCCUGUGCCCAAGUCAGCUCAUGUCAGGUGGAUAUGGAGAGCAGAAGCCCCCUUCAGAUGAUAUUUUUUCGGAAACCCUGGAGGAGUGCGAGGAAUGACGAAUUAAAUGCUCAACAAAUUGUACCUGAAAUGGGCGUGCCUAAGGAAUUACGUUCCACAUUUUUAAAGAUAAUUAUCUGCCAAUACUGUUGACUACAAGUCCUUAUGAUGUCCUCGCAUUGUGGAAGGCUUAAAUAAAUAAAUAAAAAUAUUUAAAAAACAUGCAAUGUGAGCUCUGAGCCGAGAACUCUGAACAAUAUCCAUACCAGAAGGCUGUGCACCAAGAGCCGAAUCCGCAGACAGCACUCACGGCCAGCCAGACUCCAGCGGCAGAGGCUCGGCGCGGCGAGAGUCUAACGUGAGCCCAGCCGAAAUAGUGUUUUAAGAUUUUUUUCUCCUUUUUUAAAAGAAUAUUCUCUCCUUUUCUUUUCUUUCGAUCAUCUUCCAUCGCCUUUUGGUUAGCCGUGAGUUCUGUCGCCGGAUUCCGCCCACCCCAUCAUCCCUCUCUCGACCUCCCUUGUUGAUCCCCCAUGCUCUUUUUUCAUACUAAACAUUCAACAGAUUUUUUUCUUUUUUUUUUUCUUUCAAGUGACACAUUCUAGUUUGUGCUCAGUAUUACGCAUGGAACAUACUUAUUCAUUCUUCGUGUGAAUUAUUUGUCCUUUAUAAAGAGAAAAAAGAAUUUUAUAAAAAAGCAAGAUGUCUAUCAUAUAUCAGAGAAAUUAGUUAGUCAUGCAGUGAUGAUAAUAGGAGAACCUUGUACUGUAUGCAGCUGUAAUAUGGGCUUCUCCAUUUUCCUACAAUGUAAAUCUAGCACUGUGUUGCUUAUAGUUAAGUUCUAUUUAUGUUAUUUAAUACGUAUGGAGUUGUAUUUGUAUGUAGUGUAUAAAUCACCUAAGACUAUAAUUUCUCCUGUGUAACUUUUAAGUGUUGUCUCAGCUCUGCUAGUUGAUGAGCUCCUAUACAUUUGUACAAUUUUGGGAAAAGGGAAUUUUUGGGCAAAACAAUGGAUGUAGUUACUGAGGUGUGGGUGGAGUGGAACUUCUAGCAGUUAGGGGUCAAGCAUGAAUUACAAUGCUAUUGUAGAGUUCCACUGUCUUGCAAAAAUCUCCAUUUUACAUUGUAAAUCUCUUUUAUCAUCCAUAUAUAAAUCUCCCAUCUGUGUAUCACAUUGAACAACUACUUCCAUGUUAGUAUCGCAAAAAUUGAUUGGUUAAUGAGAGCUUCUCCGCUCACACCUGUUUCAGGGAUCUUUGUCGACCUUCGUGUCCACUACUGUACAGAAUAAGUCUGCUAAUAAAGCCUAACUCACUGGA